AUGCGAGUUUACAAGUUUAUCCUUUCGUGUAACCUGCUGAUCUCAAAUAUUGCUGCGAACACGCGGUGGCUGCGAUCAGAAAUAACGAAAUCCUCACCAAGAACUGGAGUUGUUCACGAAAUACCGCAAGGAACCGCUGAAAUGUCCGGCAGAUCAUUGAAAAUUCAAGGCAAGUCUGACGACGACGACGAUGAUUCAGACGAUGAUAAGGACGACGACGAUGAUGACUCAGACGAUGACAAGAAGGACUCUGACGACUCGGAUGACGACAACGACGAUUCGUGUUAG